CUGAUCAGUCCUUGACAAUCUUGAGAUAUUUACAACAAACUGAAUUUAGAUCUCCAAGUAGCACGUAACCUCUCAAGAUGAGGGGCGACCUCCUGCGCCUGGCGCCCUCUCCUCAGACCAGCCUUAUCGUUGUUUCAACCGUGGUCACGACAGUUGCUCUACUGAGCCUCGCCCGGAAAACUUUGAAUCCCACACCACCAAAAAUCAUAGUUGGCCCCAGAAAUUCUCUUCUCCCCGACCUUUCCAAGGAAGAGCAAGAGUCACUUCCCUAUCCCCCAGAUAUCUUCCCAGGGGCAAGGGAUGUGGAAAGCCCGGUUCGUAUUUGACUAACAGCCCCAGAAAACAAUCCCAACAUUAAUACGAUAUGACUAGUAUGGAACAAUCAGAGUCUACGAAUGGGGGCCAGAAUCUGGACGAAAAGUGCUCCUUAUCCACGGAAUAUCAACUCCCUGUGUCUCCCUAGGUAGCAUCUCCCGUCUACUGGUGGAAAAGAAAAACUGUCGGGUCAUGCUACUUGAUCUUUGGGGAAGAGGGUACUCGGAUAGUCCUGAUUUACCAUAUGAUUCUCGAUUAUAUACCACGGAAAUCCUACUUGCUCUCACUUCUUCGCCUUUGGCAUGGACUCCGGAUGGAUUUAGCAUUAUCGGUUACUCCUUAGGAGGGGGCAUCGCGGCCGACUUUGCUGCUUACUUCCCAAAACUGGUGAAGGGGAUUGCCUUACUUGCACCGUCUGGUCUCUUGCGUCCACACCAUUUGGGAUGGUCCUCAAAGGUGAUGUUUAGUGGUCUCAUUCCGCAGAGAAUUCUGGAAAGUAGCAUUAGGAAGAGACUCACCAGCGGGCCGGCUGGUACGAAUACUGUGCAGAAGCUUCGUGGGGAGAAACCAACUGAGACUGUCGCCGCUGGCCCUGAGGAUGCUGUGGUGGCUGAAGCCACAACCGGAGCGAGUAGUCCUCAUUCCAACAGCGUUCCUUUAAAUGAAGACAAGCCGCAUUUGACGGUUGAGAGCGCAGUAAAGGUACGCAUUUUAACAUUUGUGUCGAGGGUCUUUCAAGACGCACGCAGAAAGAUGGGAACCUGAACCGAAUCACUGCUAACGACUUGGGAUACAACAGUGGCAAAUUCAACACAAUAAGGGCUUCAUUCGAAGCUUUGCGAGUUCCAUAAAAUACAGCAGUAUCAGUGGUCAUGCACAAACCUGGGAGCGACUUAGAAAUUUCGGAAGCCCCGUGGUCAUUCUGGCGGGCAGAACUGAUCCUAUAAUGUAAGUUGAUGUUCUCUAUAGCAGCUUCUGCAAUUUUGGAUUUGAGACGCAACCUGUUGUGCUAAUUGAAAAUAGUAUCCCAGCCGAAUUAGAAGAAGAUGCGAAGGCAGCGAUUGGCGAGGAGAACGUAGUGUGGCGAGUUCUAGAAGGCGGCCACGAAUUUCCCAUCACGCAACCGGAGAGGGUUGUUCAAGAGAUAUGGGGAGUCUGGGAGGCUUGAUUCGUAGUGACAAUGUUUACUGCAAUGGAUAAUCUCUAGAAUGUGACACCAUGAAAUAGUUGCGGUUACAUACAGCAAUAGAAAAUUAAGCGAGGAAAAUUCCAAGGUUGGUGCUUCUUAAAAUAGUAGCAUCUAGAUGUGGAUUCAUAUACCGUAUAACUUGGUCGGGUGCCCUAAGACUUAGUUCAGAUCCGUCAAUGAAUUUAGACUGCUCGUUAGCGCUUGUACUUAUCUUAGUUAUCUAGCUUGGAAAAAUGAUGAG